CUGGAGGAGCUCUUUAAUUUUUGUUAUGAUUUUUCACCAAUCAAGUUUCAACUUUCGUUUUGAAGUUGUUAUAUGAUGUAAACAUUCCUUCGUCUAAGUUUGGGCUGAUAUGUUGUCCAUAACAUACUGACCUGUGUGUGUGUGAAACAAGAUGGCUGCACAGUCUGGGAUUCGGGUAAAGGGGCUGGAUAAGCACCUGACAACUGACAAGGACCUGAUAUUGUAUUUCAGAAACCCGAAGAAUGGAGGUGGGCGUAUCUACAAGAUUUACUAUCCUCUCUUGGACAAUGAUGCUGUAAUAUUGUUUAAAGACAAUGAGAUUGUUCAUAAUAUCCUGUCCGUAUCUAACCACAUGUUACAUGGCACCAGCAUGAUAUUGACAAGGCUACCUCCAAUGGUUUUCACAACAAUUGAAGCCAAGUUAGAGCCAGAUAUUGCCUCAAUUGUACUUGGCAGUGACAUCUCUAAUGAACUUCAAUACCUGGCUGAUGUGGAGAUCUACCCUCACUCAGAAGAUACAAGUUGCAGUCUGAAGGGUGAUUGGUAUCAAAUUGAACGAGCAUGGAAUAUCAUACACAAGGCAAUGGGACGUCAGGAGAAGAUCCAGUAUCGCCUUCAACAGCAGUUUUCCUCUGAUGAUGGCAAGUCACGGCCACGCUAUCGUCCACAGGGCAAAUCUAUUGAGGAUGACAGUGACGAUUCCAGUGAUGAAACACCCUCAAAAACAAAAGUUCUUUAUUCCACUGGAAGGAAAAUGCAAGACUCACAAUAUAGUGCUAUUGGGGAGAAUAUUUCAGAUAGCAUUAUAUCUACAACACCUUUUGAAGAUGAAAUCACAGAGGAAGUAAGAAGAAUGCAGCAGAAUAAAUCGUCAUCAGCAGCAAAAAAUUCUCAUUUACAGGAUGCCGGUGAUGAAAUGUACACAUCACAUAGGUACACUCAACAGAGGUUAGGUAAUGAAAUGCAUUACAAGUCAGACGUAGACAAGGGAGGUCACUCUAGUAAGAGGUCAAACACUGACCUAGGAGGUCGCGACACUUAUAGGUCACACACCGACAAGGGAGGUCACUCUAGUAACAGGUCAGACAUGGACAAGGGAGAUCACUCUAGUAACAGGCCUGGCAGCCUUAAGGGAGAUCACUCUAAGUACAGGUCAGAAGGAGACAGAGGUACUGGAAACACUUCCCAGUAUGGACGACACAGAAAUAUAGCAUCACCAUCAGAUGAAUCAAUAACGAAUGAUUACUCUAAAUAUUAUACCUCUUUACAUGGAACAGACUAUGAUCAUCUGUUUCCUAAGGUAGAAAGUGUGCGUCCUAACCAGCCAACUCAUACCAGAGCAUCAGAUAGGGAAUUGACUGGACAUGGGAGUGAAACAUAUACAGUAACAAAACACCGCAAACUUUUGUUGGAUGAUGUACAGAUGAAUUCUGAUGACUCAGAUACAGAUGCCAUGAGUGUAAAUUCCUACCAGAAACACAGGCUACAAGAUCAAAAUGACACAUUCAAGCAUUUUUCUCAAGUUAGUAUUACUGAAAAAUCAGAUUCUGCAGAAAGAAAUUCAUCUGAAGGAUUUUCGAGGCGUAGAGGAAGUAAUGACUCAGAGACACAAGUUUUAACAGUUUACAGUUCUGGGGAGAACACACGACUAAAGCAGGCACACAACAGGACUGAUUCUUACAUCAGGGAUACAGACAAAUCUGCCGGGUGUGUAGAUGGAAGGUACAGUAGUCUCCCUGUUAACACCUCACAACAUGCUGUCUAUAAUGGCACCACACCUGUGUCAGGCUCAAGGCUUCAGGAUACAGCUUCCCCUCCAGACCUCGACUUGGAAAAAGCAAUUUCUGCCUCAUUAAAGUCAAGCGGCCAUGUUGAGGACUAUGCUGUGGUGGACUCCUAUGAGUUUUAUGUGGGGAAAAUAAAGGUGAUAAUAUGUAGAGGUAACAUUACAGACGUGAAAACCUGCGGCAUCGUUAAUGCAGCCAAUGGCUACCUCGCUCAUGGUGCAGGGAUAGCUGGAGCCAUCGCCAUGGCAGCAGGUCCAGGAAUGCAGCAGGAGUGUGAAGAAUUAAAAAAGAAGUAUGGAGCCUUAGAGACAACUACAGUUGUACACACUCAAGCGGGGGGAAAGCUGAACCGUGAGGUGACUUACAUCCUCCACGCAGUCGGACCUAUCUGGAUCGAGGCUAUCAAGGGCAGGUGUACUUUUGAGUUGAUCCUCACCUACCUUAACUGUUUCAGAUAUGCAGAGAAAAUCUGGCUUGACUCUGUCUCUAUGCCCUGUAUAAGUGCAGGGAUUUUCGGUUGCCCACUGGACGUCUCCAUACAGAGUUUCAUGGAUGGCUUGUUAAUGUUUCACAGUGAGAGUGGAGAAAGUUGUCAUUUACGGGAGGUCCAUCUCGUCAACAAUGACCUUGAUGGAGUGGUCACCUCCAUUGUUCUCAUCAAAUCCUUGUUGGACAAUGGUCUGGACAGUGCAAUGGCACAGGCACUUGACCGUUAUGGAACUUUAUCAAAGACUCAUGGUGGUGCUAUACGUCAAACAAAAACAUUAAGACCAAGUCCUAGGCUGAUGUCAAAGGAUGAUGAUAUUAUCAGGGCAAAGAGCAGUGGCGAUACAAAGCGAGUUUCUGCACGAAGAUCAAGCUCUCUUCAGAGGACGGACCGCAAAUCUUCUGGUGUUUCAAGUUCAGGAUUUACUAGUAGUCGUAGUGUAUUAGGGGCAACUAACUCAAGUACCACAAUUACUGACAGUGCUAGAGAAUCUAGUUCACGCCAAUCUUUGAGAGAUAAAACUGCAUCCAAAGGCAGAAGUGAAGAAAAGUCUUCCAUGAGAUCAUGUGACCUGCCUACAUCCAAUGGGAGAUUUGAAUCUCCACGAGGUUCAAGUUUAAGGUCCAAAGGAAAUGAUUCCUCAGAAAACCGCCCAAGAUCAAGCAGUGGAAGCAAGAAGAAAGUCAGUGACCAAAUACUGGCCUCUCAUAGCAGUUCAACAACCUUGCCAAGUUCUCGUAUCACAGGCUCCCAAAAAGCUCCCCCGCAGAUGAAACAGGCCUUGGUUAGCUCAUCGAAUGGAGCGAGGCCGAAACAGACAGUUCUCAGAACUGGGAAGUCAACACCAGUCAAGGCCACAACUUUACGGCCAGACAGCAGUACAAACUUUAAGAAGAGUGAGCAGAGGUCAGACUACGCUGGUUACAACAGGAAUGCAUAUAUGGAUGGCUCGCAAAGCCUGCCAAUGGAUAUUGGCUCUACUCAAUACUCCUCUACUCGGCUGAGAGGGAACAGUCCGCGGAGGUACUGAGGUAUACAAAUACUCCUCUGCUCGGCUGAGAUGGUACAGUCCGCGGGGGUACUGAGGUAUACAAAUACUCCUUUGCUGUCCUGAGAUGGUACAGUCCACAGAGGUAUUGAGGUAUACAAAUACGCCUCUGCUGGCCUGAGAUGGUACAGUCCGCGGAGGUACUGGGGUAUACAAAUCUCCUCUGCUCGGCUGAGAUAGUACAGUCCGUGGGGGUACUGAGUUAUACAAAUUCUCCUCUGCUCAGCUGAGAUGGGACAGUCCAUGGGAGUACUGAGGUAUACAAAUUCUCCUCUGCUCGGCUGAGAUGGUACAGUCCACAGAGGUACUGAGGUAUACAAAUACACCUCUGCUUACCUGAGAUGGUACAGUCCGCGGGGGUACUGAGGUAUACAGAUACUCCUCUGCUGACCUGAGAUGGUACAGUCCGUGGGGGUACAGAGGUUUACAAAUUCUCCUCUGCUCGGCUGAGAUGGUACAGUCCGUGGGGGUACUGAGGUAUACAAAUACACCUCUGCUGACCUGAGAUGGUACAGUCCACGGAGGUACUGAGGUAUACAAAUACACCUCUGCUGACCUGAGAUGGUACAGUCCGCGGAGGUACUGAGGUAUACAGGUCCAUUCUCAUCAUUGUAGAAAUAUUUUCAAGAUUAUACCUACAUGUACCUGUUAAAUAGUGGUUCUAUUCAGUUUAAGAUAAAUAUAGCAUUUUCAAUUUCUUUGAUUUAAAUGUACAGAGUUGUUUUGAUACUGUAGAUAUAUUUAGAUUUUGGUUAUGUUUUAAAUGUCUUUUUUUGUGCCAUAUGCUGUACUACGCAGUUGUUUUUUAUUUAGAAUUUUGCAAAAUGAAUUCCAAUUUAUUGGGAUUACACCUGUACCAAGGUUCACAUUUAUGAAACCCUGCUGAUGCUUAAAUACAUGGUUUGAUCAGGCUCCAAUACGUUUGGUGAUGAAUCUGAUAUCUGAUUUAAUCAUUUUUAGCCCAACUUCAUCAAUGGUUGAUUAUUCAAAUUGCCCUGUGUCCGUGGUAUUGUCUACGGCAUCUGUCUGUUGUUUGUCAGUCCAUAAACAAUCCUUAAUUGUUAUCGCUACUUCUUGAAAAAGACAGAAGGGAUAUUCAUUAAUCUUCGUGUGUAGGUUCCUCUUGGCCCCUUUUUGUGCCCAUUCACAUAAGAUUUUUGAUAAAAAAAACAAAAGGGGGCCUGUGGGUUGGGGCCAAAAGUGGUCAAUUUGGCUAAAUUGAUAUAAACAACUUCUUCACUGUAACUAAGCAAUGUAUGACAUUGAUAUUUCAGUCGUAACAUCCAUAUAGAGCAUUACUUGGCAUAAGUAAACACAAUCAUGAUGUAACAUUAGGCCCUGGGGUCUUUCCCCACCCCAAGGGACUUAGUUUAUUGGUUAUGUCUUUGAAACUGUUUAGAUCCCCACCCUAUAACCAUAUCUAGCAUCAGGGUAAAGAUGACCAUAACAACGUCGUACUGGGUGGAUCAGCUUUAAUCAAGUAGUUGACUAGUUUCGACACUUAGGCGUGUCGUCAUCAGAACAAAUUAAAAUACAAACAUUCAGGUAUAAGGUAUAAAAUGCGAUGCCUAGUGACAAUAACAACAAGUUGUUAUGAGUGACGUAAUGUAUAGUACUCAAUAAAAUGAUGUCAUUAAUGGCAGCAUAAAACAUAUAUAGCAUUGUUAGAUCCCCACUCUAUAACCAUAUAUAGCAUUGUUAGAUCCCCACUCUAUAACCAUGUAUAGCGUUGUUAGAUCCCCACUCUAUAACCAUGUAUAGCGUUGUUAGAUCCCCACUCUAUAACCAUAUAUAGCAUUGUUAGAUCCCCACUCUAUAACCAUGUAUAGCGUUGUUAGAUCCCCACUCUAUAACCAUGUAUAGCAUUGUUAGAUCCCCACUCUAUAACCAUGUAUAGCAUUGUUAGAUCCCCACUCUAUAACCAUGUAUAGCAUUGUUAGAUCCCCACUCUAUAACCAUGUAUAGCGUUGUUAGAUCCCCACUCUAUAACCAUGUAUAGCAUUGUUAGAUCCCCACUCUAUAACCAUGUAUAGCGUUGUUAGAUCCCCACUCUAUAACCAUGUAUAGCAUUGUUGGGAAUAUCCCCUAGAGUCCAGUGGGAUUACACCUGUA